UUAAAACGGUGGAGUUUUUUGCUAGCACUACUGAUAUGUGGUCAAGCCGCACAGCUGAGCCGUACCAGAGUCUUACAGUCCAUUUUAUUGAUGAAGAUUUCAACCUCCGAGCUCGCUGCCUACAAACUACCUACUUCCCAGACGAUCACACAGGGGAAAAUAUUGCAGCCGGCCUGAGAGAAGGGCUUGUCAGCUGGGAUCUCCACGAGGAGAAUCACGUCUGCAUCACGACGGACAACGCGUCGAAUAUGGUGCUUGCUGCGCGGCUUAAUGAAUGGACGAGGCUCCAAUGUUUUGGCCACAGAUUACAUCUUGCCAUUGAAAAUGCACUCAAAGAUGACAGAGUGUCAAGGGCAACAGCACUGUGCAGGAAGCUGGUGGGGCACUUUUCCCACAGUUGGAAGAAGAAAGCAGCCCUGACGGAGGCACAGAGAGAGCUCAAACUCCCUGAGCACAACCUCAUAACGGAGUGCCCAACAAGAUGGGGUUCUAAAGAAAUGAUGAUUGCCAGAGUGCUUGAACAGGCCAAAGCCAUUUCUCAGGUAUUGUCUGGAGAUCGAUAUGCACGCUCCCUUAUCCCAACCUGGCAGGAUAUUGACGUGUUGGAGUCGAUUCACAAGGCACUGCAUCCUCUACUGGAGUUUACUGAUGCUCUUUCUGGAGAGGAGUAUGUAAGCAUCUCCUACCUCAAGCCAGUUCUCCACCUUUUUGCCACAUCAGUCCUGGCUGAAGAUGCUGAGGACACUGACCUGACUAAAUCAAUAAAAACCAAAGUCCUAGCAUACCUCAAUAACAAAUAUGGAGACCCAAACAUCCAGGAGCUUUUGGAUGUUGCCUGUUUCCUGGACCCUAGGUUCAAAAUACAGUACAUCAGUACAGACAACAUCCCUGCUAUCAAGACUCGUCUGAAGACAGAGAUAGUAGACUUGGCACAACGUACAUAUCAUUGGGAGAAGAGGUCUCGUACUGAAACUGUUCAGAUGCCUCAAAGUGCACAGUCCUUGGGGAAAAGACGAAGAGGUCUCUUGGCAGUUUUUCAAGACCAGUUCAGCCUCUCCUUCUUUGCCUGCUUCCUCACACACAAGCACACACAGUCCAGCACAAAGGUUUGGAAGCAGGUUGGAACAAAAGACAUGGACUGGUGGCGGCCAUCAUGUCUUCUGCCUCAGCGAAUAACACAACAGGCCAAGCCGCGUGCGGACCAUGUGAUCGGAACUGUAUUGAUCACUCAAUUUGUGGCCCUGGUUAUCCUGGGGCUGUCUGGUGCUGUCCCUGGGGCCCAGGAGGGGCUGGCCCAGGAGGGGCUGACCCAGGAGGGGCUGACCCAGGGCUACGUCUGCUCCCCUGACAGGCCCAGCUCUGGGGUUGAAGAAUGA